AAAAAUAUUAUUUAAUUAUUAAAAAUUCAACUCGUGAACUGCGUGGAUUUGUAGCAAGACACUUCUUUUCUAAUUUAUCAAACAACAAAAGAUUCUGGGUAGAUUCUGUCAACAAAAAAGAUAGUUUCUUGUCAAUAAUUAAACUUCCAUUUCCAACAUACUUAUUUACUAUAGCUAUUUAUCUCUUAUAUUUUCUAUAUGAGCUUCAUUUUUAUUUACAUCCAAAAAUAAAGUAGCUAUAGCAAAGAAGAGUAAGAUGGAGCACACAAACAGUGAUGGCACAAAUGAGAAAUUGUUGAUGGAAAAUGGCAUUUCUUCAUCAUCAUCUUCUUCUCAACCCAGAAAGGGUGGUUUCAGAACCAUGCCCUUUAUCAUAGUGAAUGAAUGUCUUGAGAAAGUGGCAAGUUAUGGAAUAAUGCCUAACAUGAUAUUGUACUUGAUAAAUGAUUAUAACAUGGCUGUUGCUAAGGCUACUAAUGUUCUUUAUACUUGGUCUGCUAUGUCCAAUAUCUUGUCCAUUUUUGGUGCAUUUUUCUCUGAUUCUUACUUGGGUCGCUUCAAUGUCAUCUUCAUUGGUUCCUUCUCUAGCCUUCUUGGUUUAACCAUUUUGUGGUUAACUGCCAUGCUCCCGGUGCUAAAACCUUCUUGCGCAUCACUCAUCGAAAUCUGCAACUCUGCUACAUCAUCUCAACAAGCAGUUUUGUUCUUUUCGUUAGGAUUAAUUUCCAUUGGAGCUGGUUGUGUUAGACCUUGUUCCAUAGCUUUUGGAGCAGAUCAAUUGGCUAUUAAGGAAAAUUCAGAUAAUGGUAGGAUCUUGGAUAGCUACUUUAAUUGGUAUUAUACAUCAAUUGGAGCUUCAACCAUUAUUGCGUUGAGCGUGAUUGCUUACAUUCAAGAAAACCUAGGAUGGAAAAUCGGGUUUGGAGUACCUGCGGUGCUAAUGCUGAUUUCGGCUUUCAGUUUCGUUAUUGGUUCACCGUUCUAUGUUAAAGUGAAGCCAAGUGAGAGCUUAUUCACUAAUUUUGUAAGAGUAGUUGUUGUGGCCACAAAGAACAGAAAACUUAGUCUUCCUGAUCACAACUUUAAUCUGUACUGUCGAGGCGAUGAUUCAGACCUGACGGUCCCUACUGAUAGUCUUAGGUUUUUGAACAAAGCUUGCGUAAUAAGAAAUCACGAGACAGACCUAAACCCAGAUGGAUCAAUUUCGAAUCCGUGGAACCUAUGCACAAUAGGACAGGUGGAGUCGCUGAAAUCUUUGCUCAGAGUCCUUCCUAUUUGGUCUACGGGAAUCUUUAUGAUGGCAACUCAGAGUUCAUUUUCCACUCUUCAAGCCAAAACAAUGAACAGAAGGUUAUUCGGCAACUUCAAUUUUCCUGCAGGAUCGUUCAAUCUUAUCAUGAUACUCACCUUAUCAAUAGUCAUUCCUUCAUAUGACCGCAUCGCAGUACCUCUACUAGCCAAAUACACAGGUCGUCCUAGAGGAUUCAGUUGUAAAGUCCGCAUUGGGAUAGGAAUGCUGUUUGUAAUUUUAGCUAAAGCAAUAGCAGCUAUUGUUGAAACCGUGAGACGAAAUGCAGUGAUUGAACAAGGCUUUGAGGACGAACCUAACGCUGUAAUCAACAUGUCAGCUUUAUGGCUUGUUCCAGAGUUUGUUUUGCUUGGAUUCGGCGAGGCUUUCACACCAGUUGGGCUAGUUGAGUAUUUCUACACUUAUUUCCCUAAGAGUAUGUCUAGUUUUGCAAUGGCGAUGUUCACGCUGGAACUAGCUGCUUCUGAUGUAGUUGGAAGUGUGAUUGUGAACAUUGUCGACAAAGUCACUAGUAUUGGAGGGAAAGAGAGCUGGUUAACAACUAACAUCAACAAGGGCCAUCUGAAUUACUAUUAUGCGCUACUCGCUAUCUUAGGUAUGAUUAACUACCUCUAUUAUCUUGUUAUUUGUUGGGCUUCUGGACCCGAACACGGAGAAAAACUUGAAGCUUCGUCAGAAAAGGAAGAUGAUAAAUUUGAUUACAAGGAGUUACCUACAUCAUAGAGUAGUUUUUAGUAUAUAAAACAGUUAAUGUAAACACUGAGAAAGUGUAGUAGUGUAUUACAAAACUGUGUUUUGCUGUGCAAGCAAAACUAUUAGGUUAUUGAGAGAAGUUCUAUCUAUCUUCAUGACCUGCACAUGAAAUAUAUCAACUCAUUAGGAUGCAUGUAUACAAGAAGAAACUAAUUCCUACAUAUUUAAAUGCAUAAGCUAGAUUUAGCGUUUAUAAUCUAA